AAGCGUCUCUUUUGAGAGACUUCAGUUGUCACUUGUAGAUAACCUAGGAAUGUUAUUCUGAGAUAAUUUCAUUAAAUAACUAAAAACGAUAACUUAAUUGAACGUUUUAAAGAUAUGCGGGUGUUUUAAUUUCACAUUCGUUUAAUCAAAAAGUAACGAUUUAUAGUUUCAUAUGCUGCUGACCUUGCCUGUUUACAUAUAGUCAUGAUAAUGUUAGCUGAAUGCUAACCUGUCCUCGUAUCUAGCUAGCUGACAUUUCUGAUACUUGCCUUUUGUCUUUUUUUAACCCCGAUUUUUUGCGUUUACGAUGGAAGAUGAAGCUUUCACUGACAUCAAUGGCAAAGCUAUAUCUCUGGACUGUCAGGAUCACUCCAGUUUUUGCAGGGAGUUCACUGUUAGCUCCCCUAAGGUGUCCAUCGGUAAAGUGAUGGGGUACACCUGCUCUGUGUGGCUUAUUGCCUACUCUGUGUUUUUCUUCACGCAGAACACAGCUGUUCUGUCCAGUGCUAUUGUCGUCACCCUGGUGGGAAUGAUGCUUCACAUUCACUUUGUGAAGGUAGACCAUGAGUCCCUGCUUGUCAUUGGCUCCUUAGGGAUUCAGGUGUCCUACAGCUAUGCCUCAGGCCGCGAGACCACCACCUUUAUUGAGAUGAGCAAGAUCAAGGACAUUGUCAUAAAUGAGGCCAUUUACAUGCAUCAAAUCAUCUAUUAUCUUUGUGUCCUGUUGAAAGACCCAUCCAACUCUGAUGGAGUAUCAAGUGUGGUUCCGCUGUUUCAGAGUUCUAAGCCAAGGCUCAACUGUUUGGUGAAGGUGUACAAAAGCUGCCAGGAGAUUCUUUCAAAGUGCUGAUGCCACAAACCCAGGUUACACAUAGAGCCUUUCCUUUGCCCUGUAACUUUUUUUUUUUUUUUUUAAUAUUUGUCUUAUUUCAAAUUACUAGUAUAUCUUAAUAUGACCUUUUUUUACUUCAUAUUGUUUAAGUAUAGUCCUAUUUUCUCAGCUAUAGGUAUUCCCACAGAUAUUUGGAAAUCUCACUGCUGAAUGCAGAAGUAAAUGAUUAAAAUACUUCUUAAUCCUGUAAUGUUUUAUGUUAUACUGUGAUGUGUAGUGACCUAAAAAACCUACAGAGCCAAACCUCUAAUGUGAGAUUAUAUUUAGUCAUAGAGGUCACACAGCAUUUAGACUUAUUUAUGUAUUUAAAAUGAGUGAUUAACAUCUGCCAACAUCUGAAUUUAAACUGUUUCUACAAUGUAUUUUUGAUAACAAUAUAUUUGUUAAUACAUUUUUAAGAAUAAAAAAUGUUGGAAAAUCA